CGAAUUCGUCUAGAGUGUGGACGUGUGCUGUUGGCACACUUUAGUGCAAAAGAUUCAAAUACCGAAGAGAUCUACUGUUUUCGGACUGUGCUCAAAAAGAAGUUGAGGUGUGCCAUUUUCGUAGAAGCAAACAGUUGAUGCAAAAUGCCGCCCAACGCCCAACAAGGUGCCCAGUCCAUCACGGACUCGCUGAUCGCCGCGGCUAGUGCCGCUGCAGAUUCGGAAGUCAGUCCCAAGCUGCAGCAGGACUCCACCGGAGUGCUCUUCGAAUGCGAUGUGGAGACAACCGACGGAGGUCUCGCCAAGGACAUCACUGUGUUGAAGAAAGCCGAGCGACGCCGUCUGAAGCUCGUAUGGCGCAACAUCAUCGCCUUUGGAUACCUUCAUCUGGCGGCCCUGUACGGCGUCUAUCUCAUGGUUACCAGUGCCAAGUGGGCGACCAUAGGUUUCGCUCUCUUCUUAUAUUUGGUGUCUGGUCUGGGCAUUACUGCUGGUGCCCAUCGUCUCUGGGCGCAUAGAUCCUACAAGGCCAAGUGGCCCCUGCGCGUGAUUCUGGUCAUCUUCAACACUAUUGCCUUCCAAGAUGCCGCCUACCACUGGGCGCGCGACCAUCGUGUGCACCAUAAAUAUUCGGAGACUGAUGCCGAUCCUCACAACGCCACUCGUGGUUUCUUCUUCUCGCACGUCGGUUGGCUGUUGUGCAAGAAGCACCCGGAUGUGAAGGCCAAAGGCAAGGGAGUCGAUCUAUCUGAUCUCCGCGCCGAUAAGGUCCUCAUGUUCCAGAAAAAGUACUACAUGCUCCUGAUGCCCAUUGCCUGCUUCAUUAUUCCUACUUUGACGCCCAUGUAUUUCUGGGGUGAAUCUUUCAUGAACGCCUGGUUCGUGGCCACCAUGUUCCGCUGGUGCUUCAUCCUCAACGUAACCUGGUUGGUGAACAGUGCCGCCCACAAAUUCGGUGGACGGCCUUACGACAAGCUCAUCAACCCCUCGGAGAACCGCGCGGUGGCCCUCCUAGCCUUCGGCGAGGGUUGGCAUAACUACCACCACGUCUUCCCCUGGGACUACAAAACGGCCGAGCUUGGCGAUUACUCGCUAAACUACACCACCGCUUUCAUUGAUUUCUUUGCCAAGAUCGGCUGGGCCUACGACCUAAAAACAGUGUCCUCUGAUAUCAUUAAGAAGCGAGUUAAGCGCACCGGUGACGGCACUCACGCCACGUGGGGAUGGGGUGACGUAGACCAACCUAAGGAAGAAAUCGAAGAUGCUCUCAUCACAUACAAAAAGACCGAAUAGGCAGGCUGAGCUUAGCGCUAAUAAUGGGAGGGUAAAGCAGAAAAUCAAUCAUAUUAAAUGAAAAAAAAGUAACAGAAUUUUCCAUUUUGCACUUGUCCGUGGAACCAAUUUCCUAAAAAAGCAAAAUAAGCCCAUUUAAUUAAUUCUAAGAUAAAACGUUGAUUAUAACUGUUUGUUGUAUCUCGAAAACUUUAUACCGUCUGUGUUAAACCAGCUCUGGAAAUGUUUUUAUUUCGCUCUGGAAUUGCUUUUUAAAAGAGGCGCAAACUAACUUUGUAUUUAUACAUGCAUAUAAUUGCUUAAAACCUGGAUAUUGAUGUACAAUAGACGGCAAUUGGAGCUUUUCAUUCACUGUUAUCUCGAGGACACUUUGGUAUUUGAGAGAAACGUUCAGUUAAAAAAUCUUAAAAGUUACACAAAUAAUGGAGGAAAACUUUCCGUUUCAAUGAAAAAGAAAUACCUGCAAAUGAAAGAUUUUAGUAUUUAGCAUAAGCCAAAAAGACAAAAAGAAAUAUCAAGGAACUAAUAUAUAAAAUAUAUAAUAAACGAUCGAUGUUAGAAUACUAAAAGGCACCUUCACCUAUACAUAUGAUAUUUCUUUAAAUGUUAUUAAAUAAAAUGGGAAACGCCUCUGGGUUACAAAUCCCAGUAGACUUUUCUAUAACAUAAAAA